UAUUUGGCGUAUAAUAUUUUAUUUAUUUUUCCAUUCUAGCAGAUGGAAGAUAGUGUGGCAUCGUUCGAAGGUCUCUGUCCACAACUGUACUGGAGGCGAUGCAGUUGUAUGCUAGAGUGUGUGGAUUAUGGAUCUCGGUGGUGGAAGAGAGGAGAUAAAGAGUCUGCAAUGCGCCGAGUUGUGGAAACAACUUAUCUAAUCCUUCAUCAUGUGACUCAUAGUAAUAAUCACUUAAUAAUAAUGACGCGGCACGAGAGGCGCAGAGGGAGAGUCGGUCCACAAACCUUCACUGACACACACACACACACCUCAGCAUCCUCCGGUAAGUGUCUCUGUGGACCAUUGUGCUUGGAAAAUGUGUUUAUUUUAUCAUGUAGGUUCCUUAUGUUUUAUUAUAUGUGAGUUCAAUAAUGGGCCAGAUGUCGACAACGUUGCGCCACUCAUUGAUGUGCAGUUCAUUUCAUUUCUCGGUUACUCGUGGUGUCUUGAAAUGUAGUUUCACUGUGAGCAUUAUCGUGGCACUUCACCUAAACUUCCGUAAACUUCUCCUGGGUCAGUGCGUCACACACUCUGUUUAUUAAUAGGCCCGAGGUUCAUUGAGAACCAUGUAUUAUCAAGCUGCCUGUCAGCCGGGAGACAAAACACCUAAGGGCGAUAAUGGACACAGUUAAUUGUAGGGUUGGGGGGAAAAUAUUUCCCGACACUGUUGUGACCUUCGUUUGUUCACUUUCAUUCAAAUGCAAAUGAAGGCUGGUGAAUCACAGGCGGCAGAGCUGUCCCUAUAAAUACGGACGCACACCGUGCUGUCCCCUCGCAGGGCCUGGCACAGGUGACCCCUGCGGAGAUCUGCUGCAGAAGAACGACACGAGACGGGAGGUUUCCCUUUGGGGUGGAGAGAGAGAGAGAGAGCGAGAGAGAGAGAGAGAAGACUGCGAGAUCCGCAGGAUGUCUGUCGUGGGCGCGCAGCUUUUCAUCAAACCGAUGCAGCCGUCAGCCUCCGUUUCGCCGGGCAUCCAGAGGAGACACACGCUCCCCGCGAGCGAAGUGCGGCCGCUCAACGCGCAAGAUGCCAUAAGCGUGUUUGAAAUCGAGCGAGAAGCAUUCAUCUCAGUGUCGGGUGAUUGUCCCCUCCACCUGGAUGAGGUGCGUCACUUCCUCACACUGUGUCCGGAGUGGUCCAUGGGCUGGUUCGAGGAGGGCCGGCUGGUGGCUUUCAUCAUCGGCUCUCUCUGGGACCAGGACCGACUCACCACGGAGGCGCUGACUCUCCACAAGCCCCGCGGCUCCACCGUGCACAUCCACAUCCUCGCCGUCCACCGCACCUUCAGGCAGCAGGGCAAAGGGCCCAUCCUGAUGUGGCGCUACCUGCAGCACCUCCGCUGCCUGCCCAGUGUGCGCCGGGCGGUGCUGAUGUGCGAGGACUUCCUCGUGCCCUUCUACCGCAAGUCGGGCUUCAAGGUGCUGGGCCGCUGCGCCAUCACCGUUGCCAACCUCACCUUCACGGAGAUGUGGUACCCCAUCAGCGGCCACGCGUACAUGCGGCGCAACAGCGAGGCCAUCCGCUUCCCGCAGCAUCCCUUGACCCUGCCGCUGACAAAGACCGACGAACAUGUUGAUGUAUGACACGCUGGUUGUCGGUCAUUUUGUUCUCUGCAAGGAUGCGUCAGGGUUGUGUCAGUUUUCAGUGGCCGCGUCCUCUUAUUUGUUUGUGUCCCUUAAUCUCAUACUGAAGCUCACCAAUCUCUCAGUAAUGAUCGGAUUGUGCGUAAUAAUAAAACCAAGGAUGUACUAAC